AGCAUGACUUUUAAUCAUUUAAUAGCGUAGAUUAUGUUGUUUUGAAGGACACUUUGAUGCUUUAGUGUGAUACAUUUUGAAUGUAACUUCUGGUUAUAGCCAUACGUCUCCCUCUUAUGUGUUGUUAUUGUGUGACAGUGUCCUCUUUGACUGCAAUGGUUCGUCCAAAGCUCAGACUGAUUCAGAAGAAAAAGCUUGAAAGAUAAGCUGUCAUUAAAGAUAGGUGUUAGAGCCGGUCGGGCGUUAAGCAGGAUGGUUUGGGGGAGGUAUUUAUUAACUGCUGGGCUCCAGGGCUGCAGGUGUAGAGUGAGCUGUCAUGUAUAUAGACAUUACAGCUUCCUUCCAGAUGAUGUCAAAUCACUGAAGGCUGUGGUCAAUCCUGAUAUAUCCAAAAUCCGAAACAUUGGCAUUAUGGCCCACAUUGAUGCAGGAAAGACAACAACCACAGAAAGGAUGCUUUAUUACUCCGGCUAUACGAGAUCACUAGGAGAUGUGGACGACGGGGAUACAGUCACAGAUUUUAUGGCUCAAGAGAGGGAGCGAGGCAUCACCAUACAGUCGGCAGCGGUCACAUUUGAUUGGAAAACUCAUAGAAUAAACCUCAUAGACACCCCAGGACAUGUUGACUUUACUCUGGAGGUAGAGCGGGCGCUUCGUGUUCUUGACGGGGCUGUUGCAGUGUUUGAUGCUUCUGCUGGUGUUGAGGCUCAGACUCUGACUGUGUGGAGGCAAGCAGAGAAGCACCAUGUUCCCUGUGUUUGUUUCCUGAAUAAGAUGGAUAAGCCGGCAGCAAACCUAAGUUUUUCCAUUGAGAGCAUAAGACACAAGUUAAAAGCAAAUCCAGUCCUCCUUCAGAUCCCUGUAGGCAUUGGCAAAAACUUCUCAGGUGUGGUUGACCUGUUAACCAACCAGAAGCUGACAUGGAAGCUGAAAACUAUGAGAGACGAUGGGCGAGUGUUUGAAAGCAAACCUCUGGACCAGUCGGACGAGCCACAACUCCUGCAGGAGGUCACUGAGGCCAGGGCAGCUUUAAUCGAACAGGUUGCUGAUCUGGACGAUGAGUUCGCUGACCUGUUGCUGACUGAUUUUAGUGACAAUUUUGAUGCUGUUUCCUCAGUCAAACUACAGGAGGCUGUGCGGCGGGUGACUCUGGCCCGUAAAGGCGUCCCGGUACUCUGUGGGAGCUCUUUGAGAAACAAAGGUGUCCAGCCUCUGUUAGACGCCAUCACCGCCUACCUGCCGGCCCCCAAUGAACGACACAAUGACCUGGUGCGGUGGUACAAGGAUGACUUAUGUGCGCUGGCCUUCAAAGUUCUCCAUGACAAGCAGCGAGGUCCUCUGGUGUUUCUCAGGAUUUACUCUGGUACUCUAAAACCACAGACUGCAAUCCACAACAUAAACAGGAACAGCAUAGAGAGGAUGAGCCGGCUGCUGGUGCCGUUUGCUGAUCAGCAUGUAGAAAUCCCUUACAUGACCGCCGGAAACAUCGCUCUGACUGUAGGACUGAAGCAGACGGUCACAGGGGACACUAUCGUUUCAUCGAAGGCUUCAGCAGCAGCUGCAGCCCGCCGCGCCCAAAGUGACGGCGGGGCGGUGAAGAAGCUUGGGGAAAACGCCAGCGUGGUCCUUUCAGGGGUGGAGGUCCCCGAUCCGGUCUUCUUCUGCACCAUAGAACCGCCCACCAUGGCCAAACAGGCUGAUCUUGAGAAUGCACUGAAUUGCCUGCAGAGAGAAGACCCCAGUCUCAAAGUCAGGGUUGACCCUGACUCGGGCCAGACCAUUUUGUGCGGGAUGGGAGAGCUGCACAUCGAGAUCAUCCACGAUCGAAUCAGAAGAGAGUACGGCAUCGAGACUCACCUUGGGCCGCUACAGGUGGCUUACAGGGAGUCUAUUCUCCACGAGGUCUCUACUACGGAUACGCUGGACCGUACUGUUGGGGAGAGACGACAUGUGGCCACCGUGGAGCUGGCCGUCACACCUCUAGACAUCUCCGCUACGGGUGGCUCAUGUGAAUUCGCUUUCGCAGAGGAAUUGGAAGGGCACCUAUCAGCAGAAAUGAAGGAGGCAGUGGAGAAUGGAGUACACAGCUCAUAUCUUCAAGGUCCAUUGCUAGGCUAUCCUUUACAGGGUGUAGCUACAGUGAUCCAAAGUGUCAGCAUGGAACCAGGGACUUCUCCUACCAUGGUGUCCGCUUGUGUGUCCCGCUGCAUGCUGAAGGCCAUGAGGCUAGCAGGAGGUCAGGUCCUGGAGCCAGUGAUGUCCCUGGAGGUGACUGUCGGGGAGGAACGCCUUGGCUCCGUGCUGGGAGACUUGGCCCAAAGACGAGGGACCGUCCGAGACAUCCAGAGUCGCCACGACGACAAGGUGCUGCUAGCAACUGUGCCCCUGGCUGAGAUGAUGGGCUAUUCCACCAUCCUGCGAACAAUAACAUCUGGCAAUGCCACCUUCUCCCUGGAGCUGGACACCUAUGAGGCUAUGAACCCCCAGGACCAGAACAUCCUCCUUAAAAGAAUGGCUGGUCUGCUGUGAUCCCCUGUUCUCAUCCAUGUCAAACUGUUCAGUAAUGGGACCAAUUGCUUUCUGAGACAGAGGACAGAGAUGACCCAAACAGAGUUUUCCAGGACUUACAGUAAAUUCCAUACAUAGUAUGAAUACCGACUGAACGAAAGAGGAAAAACCAAUUGUGUACAAUGUUCUUAGCUGGAUGCAAAAUAAAUU